AUGAACGAGAAUAAAAAAGGUACCUUAGUAGAAAAAGAGAAUGAAGAAAAAUCACUUACUAUAAAUAAAAAUAUAUUAUUCAAAGAAUUUAAUAAUAAUUAUGAUUUAAAAGAUACUUUUGUAAAUAUAGUUACAGACUAUAGUUUAGAAAGUGAAAAAGAGAAAAGUAACAUCUCCUUAUUUAAUGUAUUCAAAAAAAAAUUUAAAGAAGAAAAAUAUUAUAGUAGAUUUUUAUUACUUUUUAAAAUUCCAAAUAAUAUAGAAGAAAAAAAAUUUAUUAAUAAAAAUUUAAUAGAUAUAAUAAACGAAAAAUACCAAAUAAUAAAAGGAAUUUGUUUAUUUGUAAAUGUAUAUUCAAUAAUGUUUUUAGAAUGUAUCGACACAAAAAGUAUAUUUUUUUUUCUAAAACAUUUAACUACUAUGAAAUAUAUAUCUCAUAUUAAUGUCUUAUAUUUCAGCGAAUUAAAUAAGCAAUAUAUAAAUGAGGAAUUUUAUUUUUAUGAAUAUAAAAAGGACGAUUCAAGGGGUGCUAUUUCUAACGAAUGUAAUUGUGUUGAUGAGGUAUGGGAACUAUAUUUAAAUAUACUUAAUUUGUCUAGCUUUAUAAAAAAUAACAAAGAUAGACAAAAUAUUUUUGAAAAAAAUGAAUAUAUAAAAAAAAGUUUUUCUUUACUUCAAAAUUUUUACACUGAAAAUGCAAAACGAUAUAUUUGGAAUAUACAUGAAUUUCUGUCUUUUUUUGUUGAUGAUUUCAAAUUAUCUGUGGAUGAUUUUUCGGACGAUUUUUUAGAUUUUUAA